AUGGCAGCCACGGCCAGCGCCAGUCCCCCAGCACUCGAUCUGGAGGCGCUGAUUCAGAGUCUGCCCGCAUGCAAGAGGUGCCGAGAGUGUCGCCGCGGCUGUGAUACACUCUUGCCAAAGUGCAGGCAAUGCACAAAAGCCGGAGUCGAGUGCAUGUUCUACGACCACGGACGCAACGAAUUGCUGCCACGAAGUUAUAUCAGUGGGCUGGUGGAUCGUGUGCGCCGAUUAUCCAGCGAGCUUCCCUCUCCGACAGCCUCGAUUGGCCCUGGCAUUAGCAGCGCAUUCGGUGUGAAUGUCAAGCCCGACGCCUUUGCACAAGAUGUUACGCAGUACGAGCACCAUUUUGCAGAGGUUAAGAACAGCUAUCGCUAUCUAGGUGCAGAGGCAUGCCUAGUCAAGUCGCCCAGGUUGUACGAAGCACACAACAUACGCAGCGAGCCGGCCGACGACGAACUUGACGACUGGCAAUGCAUGAACAAGGACUCUCCCGAAAGGCAAAAUGAGCUCAAGCAGUUGUACCUUGAGGUUGUGCAGCCUCUCUAUCCUAUUCUGGACCCUUCACUGCGCUACCUCCAGCCCGAACUACCCACCAAUCUCAAUUCGAUAGAGCUAUUCUCGCUGUACAUGAUGUAUUCAAUUGCAUGCUACCUUGUUCCUAAUAACGGCAAAAGACAGCCAAAUAGCCAAAGCAGUUACCUUUCAAGCAGGCUUCCCUAUCACCAAGCCAACUCAAUCAAAUAUCGUUCGCUGGCCACUCAAUACUUUGCUGACGCCAUGGAGCACCUGGAAUUAGCAACUCUGGAACCUAACAUUGACACAAUACGCUGCAUUUUGCUCCUCGCCUUCAACAGCUCAUUUGACCCAUUGACGGGAAAUAGCGGGCAGCAGGUCGCUCUCGCUGGACGUCUAGCAUUCGACCUCGAAUCCAAGCGCGCCCUACAGGAACUUGAACCCAACGAUGUGAAAAUGCUACAAGCCAUGCACAUGACAAUCUACUGUCUUGAAAACCAACUUGCCUCAACCCUCGACCGCCCCGCUCUAUUCCCCGAACCUCCACAGGAAACCGAACUUUGCUUCGACAAGAACAAGCCCGCCGAAUAUCUCUGCUCCCUUUUCCGCAUGCAGAACCGGUUUCGAAGAGGCGAUCUCGCAGCCAAGGAAAAGGUGAAAAAGUUACUCCCGCUUUUUGAUGAGAAAGAUGAGUUGGUACCUCUCCUGCGCAUCACACUGCACAUAACGCAUCUCUUGCUGAACCCCUGCUGGGGAAGCGCAUGGCACGUUUUAGAAGCAGUAGUAAGCUGCGGCAGUGUCCACCUUUGCUUGACGCCGCACUGGGUCUACCGCGCUGGCGCAGUGCUGAUCCAAAGCAUGCCAUCGAUAUUCGGGGGCAACCUGAUUCAGCUCUACUCGAAUGCGCUACUGGUGCUUGAGCUUUCGUCGUGGAAGUGGCCGAGUUCUGCGGCCUUGUCAGCGUCGUUGGUGGAUUUGAUGCAGCACAUGAAGAAAAAGUAUCAGCCGGAUUGGUCAGAUAAGUUACAGCAUGGGGGAGUGAGGAUUUAG